CGCAGCCGCAGCGAGGCCGGCGGGCGGGAGUGCGGCGAGCUGGCGCCGGCGGGGCCGGCUGCGGGCUCCUGGCCAUGGGUCCCAAGAGGGUCGGGGCCGGGGGGCCUCCCGAGAGCACAGAGCCGCUUGGGCCUCGCCCACGGGCGCCGGCCACCAUGGCGUGCACCCUGGACCUGGACAAGGGCUGCACGGUGGAGGAGCUGCUCCGCGGCUGCAUCGAAGCCUUCGAUGACUCCGGGAAGGUGCGGGACCCGCAGCUGGUGCGUAUGUUUCUCAUGAUGCACCCCUGGUACAUCCCCUCCUCGCAGCUGGCCGCCAAGCUGCUCCACAUCUACCAACAGUCCCGGAAGGACAACUCCAGCUCACUGCAGGUGAAAACUUGCCACCUGGUCAGGUACUGGAUCUCAGCCUUCCCUGCCGAGUUUGACUUGAACCCGGAGUUGGCUGAGCAGAUUAAAGAACUGAAGGCUCUGCUGGACCAGGAAGGGAACCGGCGGCACAGUAGCCUCAUCGACAUUGAGAGCGUCCCCACCUACAAGUGGAAGCGGCAGGUGACUCAGCGGAACCCAGUGGAGCAAAAAAAACGCAAGAUGUCCCUGUUGUUCGACCACCUGGAGCCUCUGGAGCUGGCGGAACACCUCACCUACCUGGAGUAUCGCUCCUUCUGCAAGAUCCUGUUCCAGGACUAUCACAGUUUCGUGACCCAUGGCUGCACGGUGGACAACCCUGUGCUGGAGCGCUUCAUCUCGCUCUUCAACAGCGUCUCGCAGUGGGUACAGCUCAUGAUCCUUGGCAAGCCCACCGCCCCGCAGCGGGCCCUGGUCAUCACGCACUUCGUCCACGUGGCAGAGAAGCUGCUGGAGUUGCAGAACUUCAAUACGCUCAUGGCCGUGGUCGGGGGCCUGAGUCACAGCUCCAUCUCGCGCCUCAAGGAGACCCACAGUCACCUGAGCCCUGAGACCAUCAAGCUCUGGGAAGCACUGACUGAGUUGGUGACGGCCACAGGCAACUAUGGCAACUACCGGCGCCGCCUGGCAGCGUGCGUGGGCUUCCGCUUCCCCAUCCUGGGUGUGCACCUCAAGGACCUGGUGGCCCUGCAGCUGGCCCUGCCCGACUGGCUGGACCCUGCACGAACGCGGCUCAAUGGGGCCAAGAUGAAGCAGCUUUUUAGCAUCCUAGAGGAGCUGGCCAUGGUGACCAGCCUGCGGCCACCUGUGCAAGCCAACCCAGACCUGUUGAGUCUGCUCACAGUGUCUCUGGAUCAGUACCAGACGGAGGACGAACUGUACCAGCUGUCCCUGCAGCGGGAGCCGCGCUCCAAGUCCUCGCCGAGCAGCCCCACUAGCUGCACUCCACCUCCCCGGCCCGCUGUGCUUCUUGAGGCAUGGACCUCCACAGCCAAGCCCAAGCUCGAUCAGGCCCUGGUGGUGGAGCACAUUGAGAAGAUGGUGGAGUCUGUAUUCCGGAACUUUGAUGUGGAUGGUGAUGGCCAUAUCUCGCAAGAAGAGUUCCAGAUCAUCCGUGGGAAUUUCCCUUAUCUCAGCGCCUUUGGGGACCUCGACCAGAACCAGGACGGCUGCAUCAGCAGGGAGGAGAUGAUCUCCUACUUCCUGCGCUCCAGCUCAGUGCUGGGCGGCCGCAUGGGCUUCGUGCACAACUUCCAGGAGAGCAACUCCUUACGCCCGGUCGCCUGCCGCCACUGCAAAGCCCUGAUCCUGGGUAUCUACAAGCAGGGCCUCAAAUGCCGAGCCUGUGGUGUGAACUGCCACAAGCAGUGUAAGGACCGCUUGUCGGUGGAGUGUCGGCGCCGGGCCCAGAGCGUGAGUGUGGAGGGCUCUGCGCCCUCACCCUCACCCACGCACAGCCACCAUCGUGCCUUCAGCUUCUCCCUGCCCCGACCUGGCAGGCGAGGCUCCAGGCCUCCAGAGAUCCAGGAGGAGGAGGUGCAGGCGGUGGAGGACGGAGUUUUUGACAUCCACUUGUGACAGCUGCUGUGACUGGAUCCGGACUUGAUCCUGCCUUGGAGAUGAGAUCAUAUUGAAGCAGAGCAGGGAGCCUGGGGAGAGGGUUGGGGGUGGGACUAGGGUGUGAGGGUGGCAUGCGACUGACCGACCAACCGACCGACCCAGGAGGGCCAUGGCUAGGGCUGGUGUCCCUAAGAUUGUAUAGACUCUUGUGAAUAUUUGCAAUUUUUUUCCAGAUGGAAUAAAACGGCCCCUGUAACUAA